AUGAUCGGUGAAUUGAUAUACGACCUUGAGCUUGAGAAGCCAGCGUGUAGGCGAAAACAAGAGACCAGGAGACGAAAAGAAAGGCAAUCAUAUACUGCAACUGAGUCAGUAGAGAACAGAUAUAACAUGGCAAACAACCAAACACUAAGGGAGCUGACUGCUCCGGAGUUGACUCACCAGCCUUUGUGUAUUACAUUCCCAACUUUGGCUGAGAAUACCGCCUUCGAGUUGAAGUCGGGAUUGAUUCACCUUUUACCCUCGUUCCAUGGUCUCUCUGGUGAAGAACCCCAUAAACAUGUCAAGGAGUUUGAAGUGGCUUGCUCUGGCAUGAAAUCUACUGGAAUCACUGAGGAGCAAAUUAGACUAAAAACCUUCCCUUUUUCUCUCAAAGAUGCAGUUAAAAAUUGGCUAUACUACCUACCCGCAGGCAGUAUUACCACAUGGGCACAGUUGAAAAAGAAAUUUUUAGAAAAAUUCUUCCCUGCAUCCCGGGCUACAAGUUUGAAAAAGGAGAUAUGCAACAUUAAGCAAUAUCCCGGGGAGUCCUUGUAUGACUAUUGGGAAAUGUCAACUGACAGAAGUAUCAUUGACGCUGCGAGUGGAGGAGCACUGGCAAACAAGACGCCGAAGAAAGCGUGGGAGUUUAUUGAAACCAUGGCAGAAAACUCUCAGCAAUUUGGCUUCCGUGAGAGCAACUCCACCCUUAGGGUCAAGGAAGUAAAAACGUCAUCCAUUCAGCAGCAAUUGUCGGAGUUGACGUCUGUUGUUAGGCAAUUAGCCAUGGAAAAUACGCAGCGAGCAAAGGUAAAUAUGGCCGGAAGCGUGCCUGCGCUCCGAAGGCAGUAUGACCCGUACUUCAAUACAUAUAACCCCGGUUGGAGAGACCAUCCCAAUUUCAGCUAUGGGAACAAGCCACAAAAUUCAUUCUCGAAUCGCCCAUCAGGAUUUCAGCAACCAUGGCAACCACAGCCUCAACCCUCGUCCUCCAAUUCAGGAAGCUCUUUGGAGGAUAUUUUCAAGAGCCUGACCACGACUACCACUCAGCUCCAACAAGAGACUAGAUCCUUGGUCACGACUGCUGCUCAACUUCAGCAAGAGACUAGAUCCUUGGUCACGAGCACUACCCAGUUCUAG